AUGCAACUGUUUUCACAGGCAACUCACUCAGACAUCGAGGUCCUCUGUGGCUCUCAGACAGUGCACCUCAAGAUCCUCCUGUGUCCCAUCUAUUUCAAUGGAUACAACGAAUCACUGCUGGCCCUCAACUCAGAGCACUCCAAAGACCAGUGUAAAGGGACACCUGACUGGACAGCGGACCCGCCUGUUGUCAAAUUCAACGUCUCCAUCACAGAGGAGGCGAUCACUUUCUGCUCCAGCAAGCUGAUCAUCACUGAGGAGGUGGGAACCGGACUGUUUGCAGAUUUCUCCAACGUCCAGCACAUCGGCAUCGCAGGCAUGAUCUGCUCUGAGGACCCCAGCAAAGGAGCCAUCACCUAUCACCAAGAGGUGAUGUACAGGUUCUCCUGCCGCUACCCACUGCAGUACCUGGUCAACAACACUCAGAUGAGCGUGUCUGCGGUAAGCCUGGCAGUCAAAGACAAUAAUGGGAGUUUCAUCAGCUCACUGAGCAUGCGACUCUACUCGGACCGUGGCUACUCCUCCACGCUGCAGAUCCCUCCAGGAGGCCUGGAUCUAAAGACCAGGAUCUAUGUAGAAGUCAAGGCGUCCAACCUCAAUAACAGAUUCAAUGUGCUCCUGGACCGAUGUUAUGCCACAACUUCGCUUUUCCACGUCAACACCACAUAUUACGAUCUCUUUGUUGGGUGUAACCGGGAUGCCCAGACAGUAAUGGGAGUCAACGGAGCGCAGCAGAAAGCCCGCUUCUCCUUCGAGGCUUUCCGCUUUGUCCAAAGCAAAGACGUAACUUUCUCCACCUACUAUGUACAGUGUGCCACCAGGCUCUGUGUGAACUCUUUCUGCCCCAACCUCAUUCAGAACUGCACUACCGGCAGCAACUCCAGGAGGCGCCGCAGUGCCAACGACAACCAGGACACCACAGUGAGCGACAUGGCCACCGUCAGCUCAGGCCCCAUCACUAUCCGCACAGAUAUUGGUGAGAAUGGGAAUGGUCUUCAUAGUACCAUGCUGGCUGUUUCAGUCGUAGCAGGCAUUGUUGGAGUCAUCUGUCUUACUCUGGCGGCUUUCAUUGUUUACCAGAGGCACAACUCCAAAAUCAGUUCCACCAAGUAG